AUGUAACCUUAUAAAAGAGUUUGUGUAUAAGAAUCAAAUAUCCCCUAUUCAUUUAGUGAACAAAAUGAGAAAAUUGGUAUUGACUACUCAAAUUUCAUCUAACAAAUGGAAGGACCUUAUCAUUAGCUUUAUGAACCAAUAGAUAAAUAAUUAAUAGGAGCAGGCGGAUAGGGUUGUGUUAUCAAAGUGAGAUGCAAAUUGAAUAAUGAGGUUCGGGCUAUGAAAGUCAUAAAAAAAAUCAAUGAGGAUAAAAAUGAAAAUUUCAGAAAGGAAUUUCAAAACCUUAAGCUGUAUAUCGAGUUCUUAAUUUAGAUUAGAUCACCCUAAUAUAUUGAAGCUUUAUCAUAGUUUUGAGGAUGAUCAGAAAUUUUACAUUAUUUCGGAACUCUGUGAAGGAGGAACCUUAUCUCAAUAUAUUGAUGAACAUUAUCCACUUAAAGAAGCUGAAGUUCUGAAAAUUAUGAAGUAAUUAAUUGGUUCCAUAAAUUUUGCUCAUAAGAAGAAUUUAGUUCACAGAGAUAUCAAACCUGAGAAUAUCCUAAUCGAUGACGAAGUGGCCACUUCAAUCAAGCUUAUCGAUUGGGGUUUCUCGGGGAUGAUUUAAAAAUAUGAAAAAUUAAGUCUUAAAUGUGGUACUAUCCAUUUUGUGGCUCCAGAAGUAAUGGAGGAAUCUUAUGACUAAAAAUGCGAUAUAUGGUCUUGUGGAGUUGUCCUUUACAUACUGUUAUGCAAUGAUCCUCCCUUUCAAGGAACCGAUUCAAAAGAAAUCCUAUUUAAUAUCAAAAAUUAAAGCAUAGAAUUCAGGUAUACUAUCCUAUUGAAUAGAGAUAUUAAUCCUGGAAAUAAUAUAGUACCCUCGUUAAGGAUUUAUUGAAAAGGAUGUUGGAGAAAAACCCAGAGUUGAGACCUAAUGCAUAAUAAGUUCUUGAGGAUCCAUGGUUUGAAAGGUAUAGUUCGUUUAUAUUAUAUUAGUCAUUCAUCCGAAUAAAUACUUUCUUAGGAUUUUAAGGAGAGUAUGUUAUAAUUUAAUGGAUAUACUGAAGGUUAGGGCAAUAAUUUAACGCAGAGCAGAUUUUUAUAAGCCAUAGUUUUAUUUAUUGCCACUGAAUUAGUUCAUAAGGACGAUAAAAAGGUGUUGAAUCAAAUAUUUCGAAAGAUUGAUAAGGACAACAAUGGUAUUAUAUAUCAUUUGAAAUCAUUAGGAACCAUCUCAAAAGAUGAACUGAAAAUAGCACUACUAUAAAUAUAUUCAAAAAAUUAAGUUGAUGAGAAAGUUGAUAAAAUAUUCGACUUUUUGGAUGUCAAUCAAAGUGGUUCCUUAGAUUUCAGUGAAUUUGUAGCGGCAACUUGUAAAUUGUAAGAUAUAGAUGGUAUUUUAAUGAAUUAAGUAAUUAAGAUAAAAUAAGGGUGGCAUUUGAUGUAUUAGACAAGAAUAAGGAUGGGUAUAUCACUCUAGAUGAGUUAUUUAGAUUUAUUGGGAGAGAGGAUUGUGACAAUGAUUGUAAAGAAAUCUUUAAUCAAUUUGAUCAGAAUGGAGAUGAUAAAAUAAGUUUUGUUGAAUUCUCUUAGACUGUUUAAAAAUACGUUAACAUAUGUAAAUAGAUUUAAUAUUGA